AUGACAGUUCAGGCGGAGCCAGAGGCAAACCCUGGUCACAAUCAGGCGCCAACCCAGCAGCAGGAUCAGGACCUGGACAAGAACCUCGACCAGGACCAGGACCUGGGCCAGCAGCGCCUGGACGUUCCCACGCCCACUGCAAAACCGUCCGCAGGCCGCCGACUCAGCGCCGCCUCUGAUGUGUCCGUCUCCAACAUCUCCACAACCUCAUCCGGCAACGAGAAGUGGCUGUCUCCCCUGGACAGAUUGUCACUGCAGCCCUCUGAGAAUGUUGUCAUAAACACCAGUGCAGAACGGACCAUGGACGACGAUGGGGUCGACCUGAGCUCCCUCAAGGCGGGGCGCCCGGGGCCAGGACCGAUACAGCGACGAGGACCGGAACCACUGUACCACCAGCAGAAUGCAUCCACAACUCGCAUGCCCUUCCACGGCGACGAGUCCUUUCCCGGCACGCCGCAGAUGUACACGCCCGAGCCGUACAACAGUCAAUAUGCGGGUGCCCAGCGAGACUCCCAGGCAGAGCUGCUCCUCGACUCUCAGCGGAACCGGCACUCAUCCCGCUCUGUCUCGUUCGGGCCGUCGACGACCUUCAUGUACCCCGGCCAGGACAAGGCGCCUCCGAGCCGGGCCAGCAGCCGGCGCCCUCGAUCAUGCAGCCCGAGAUGGCACUCCUCAUUCAGCAUGUACAUAUGCUUCAUCUUCGGGCUCCUCUGUGCCGUCGGCCACCACAUCUUCUACGCUUCGCUCGAUGGUGAGCCUGCUGAGAGCCAGACCGAGAUGCUGCGGUACGGUACCUUCCUCGCAUAUGCAGCCAAGGCCGGCUUCAGUGCUGCUGCUAUCUCAGCCUUCAAACAGCGCAUAUGGGUCACCGUUCGAUCGAGAUUCAUGAGCAUCUCGGCCCUCGACUCCAUGUUUGCCGCUGCCGAGGACGUGACGGCCCUGCUCAACUGGGAGUUCAUCAAGGACGCGAAGGCCGCUUUCGCUCUGGUCUUCUUCGCCUGGACGACGCCCCUGGUGGUCAUUCUGACGGCGAACACGCUGUUGGUGGAGCCUCGAACCAUAGUGAGCAACACGACGUGUCCCUCGGUACGCAGCUUGAACUUCACCUAUGAGGAUCUCAACGACUGGAGAAAACCGACCCGGAUAGAUGGCUUGUUUGAGAUACCCGUGUCAAUCUGGAACACUACCAAGCGGGACGGCCAGACCGACGACGACUGGUUCGACUACUACACUGGGCCAAGUCCAAACUUCCAGCAGACAGCAACACUGGGUGCCUUCCUGCAAGAGGUUGUCGCCCGGAAGAAUGCAUCCUACGAGGUAUGCGAGUCUGGAUAUAAUUGCACCUUUAACGUCGAAUUCACUGCGCCCGGCUACAACUGUACAGAGGUGGCAAGCGGAACAGGCUCGACGCCGGUCAACCUCACCCAGGAGACGGGCGAGGCCGAGCCCCCUUUCGGCACCGACAUCCUGCUCCCCCAGGGCCAAUACAGCUAUUAUGCCUAUGCUACCGGCGGGGAAUACUCGACUACUCAGUUGAAGAACGUCGGCGUGAGCGGCAUCCCCAACGUCCCGAACUCUGAGUUACCGGCACACUUCGGAGCUCUAAGAACAGAACCUGUCAUCUGGGUCGGUUAUGUUGUGCUGAACAAACCAGGAGAGGUACAGCCCAACCGAUCUGACCCGGGAUGGCAAGACGCGUUUACGCCCAGGAUAUUCGCCUGCGAGCACCGGGAGACAAGUUACGUCGCAAAUUUCACAUACACCGAUGGAACGCAGUCCGCCAGCAUGAGCAGUCGCAAGUUCGGCUCACCGAUCAUCAACACGACUUUCAUUCCAAGUAUAGAGGCAAACGACGGCACCGACGAUAAUAUUACCGCCAUCCCUGAGGAGAACUACGUCUACCCUACUGACACGGCCCGCUAUCGACGGGUCGCUGCGUACCAUUCGAUCGGUUAUAUGCUGAGGAAAUUCCUAAACGGCACCGUCGCCGUCGAGGACACACUCAUCAACCCCAUACAGAAUACUGAAGCCAUCCAGACAAAACUGCUCGACCCGCGCAACAACUACUUCCCCUACCCCGAACUGAUGACCAUGGUACAGGGGCUCUACGAAGACCUCAUCCUCUCCAUGUUCAGCAACCCGCAAUUCGUCGAGGUCGUCUGGGCCGCGAGGCCCUCGGAGCAGUCAGGCACCCUGAUCAAGGGCGGGGUCCCCGCGUCGUCCGGCGCCAAGACAGGCACGGGCGACGAGUCGGACUACUACUACGACUGCACGCGGAGCCGCACCGGCAACGCCUACGCCUACCACAAGCGCGACCUCUGGAUCGUGUACGGCAUCGCCGUGGUCCUCACGCUCACCUGCGUGACCGUCGGCGCCCUGGCGGUCCGCGAGAACGGCGGCGUCACCCGGAACACGCACUUCUCGUCCGUCGUCGCGGCCACGAGGGGCCCCGCGCUCGAGAAGGUCGCGUGGAUGGGGCCGCUCCAGGACAGGGGGGACGUCCCCAAGGACGUCAAGAAGCUCAGGCUGGGCUAUGGCAUCAUGAAUGACAGCAAGGUUGGGGGGCUGGGCCCGGGGUCGCCGCCGCCGCCGGAGAUCGGGCCGGAUCCUAACCUUAUUGGCGUCGAGGACUACAGCCAGCGUGUUGUCCCUGAGGGACGAGCGAGCUCGGGGUACUUCGGCAGGAGGAGGGCCUAUUCGACCGAGAUGAGGUGCGGGUUCGGACUGAAGGGCGACGUGGACCAGAGGCACCGGGAAGGGAGUUUGUUCCAUCGGUAA